AUGCCAAUCAUCACCUUCGUCGCGCGCGUCUCAGACGGCAUGUUACUGGUCGCAUCUAUGGAGUCCAUCGGCGAUGCAAAUGGCAAUUUGGAUACAUACAAGCAACAAGCAAAGCAGAUCAUGAAACGACUUGAUCAACGUUCGCCCACAAAAUGCAGUGUCGAAUCUGGUGCAUACACAUUCCAGAGGGGCGGCAAUUACUGGCGUGACGUGGUCACAACAGUCGCACGGCCGUAUGCGUUCAUCAAAUUUGACAAGUACAUUCAAAAGAAGCGCAAAGAAUAUGCCGAUCCCAGUUCAUCGCAGAACAUGCACCGCCUAAAUGACGACCUAGCCGACAUCCACAAUAUCAUGCGCAAAAACAUUCAAGAGGUCCUUAAUCGUGGUGAACGUGUUGAACAUGUCUCCCGAAUCUCAUCUAACUUGGCGGACAGAUCAAAGGAUCUGAAGUGGGGUGCGAAAAAGCUACGCAUGCAGGCUAUAUACCGCCAAUAUGGCCCAAUUGUUGCUGUCGUGCUCUUCGUGCUACUUGUAAUCUACAUCAAAGUCGGAAUAGGAUACUAUCCCGACGAACAGAUCAGUCGCAGCACAGUCAAAACCAUGACCUCUAAGGAUAUCUGGUCAAUACUUUCCACAACAGGGAUUCCAACUUUAACGUCACCUGAGUUUGAUACAAUCGAGAAACCUACAGCUGCACCAGCACAAGAGGAACGGGACACUUUCACGCUAAUUGUCGGUCCACGAGGUUCAGGCAAAUCUUCACUUGUAGCCGCCUUCCGUAAUUCUUCGAAGGCUGAGGAAAUUAAACCAACGACUGCUUUGGACUAUGUUUUUGUUCGAUUGCGUAGUGCUGGGCGACCCGCAGUUGCACACAUGUGGGAAUUAGCUAGUACUAAGUGUUUGGGUGAGAUGAUAAGAGUGCCGCUAGGGCUAGAUCGGAUUUUAAAUGGCGCUCUAUUAAUUGUCCUGGAUCUUUCAAUACCUGGUGAUGUCAUACCAGCACUAGUAAAGUGGCUAACGACACUUUAUGCAGUUGUGCACGAGAUUUUGAAGAUUAAAGAGAAAAAUCCGGUCGAUAAACUCGCGGUUGACACUCUAAGAAAUGAAGCUAUGGCACGCUAUGGAAACGGGCAUCCAGAUAAAAACGAGGUGACACCAUUGUUAAUUCCAGUACUGGUAAUUGGCAACAAAUAUGAAACCUUUCGAGACGAGGACUCGAUAAAGCGGAAAGCAAUUACUCAGGCAAUUCGGUAUGUCUCUCAUAUGUACGGGGCCAGUGUCUUAUUCACGAGUGUGAAGGACAAGAACCUUGUGACUCAUUUUCGAUCAAUCAUGAAAGGAUUUGCUUUUCGAACCAUGGGUCGUGGCAUGAGCAAAGAAGUCGAUUUAGCCAAACCAUUGUGGGUCCCAGCUGGUGCUGAUUUAUUUGAGGAUAUUGGAGUUCCCAAGAGUGCAGGGUGGCGUCAAGAUCGAUUUACUAACGAUCAACACGAAGAGAAGGCAAGACAAUGGAUCAAGGUCGCAAGUGAAUACUACCAACCGUCAGAAAAAGCAGCAAAAGACUUACUUACAUUACAAGAGUUAAGCGAACAAGACGAUAAAGAUAUCGAAGGGUUAUCCAGCUACGUUGAGCCAAACAUUGAUCGUGCACGACAGCAGAAACGUGAGGAGCUGCGUCGAUACCGUAAUAGUCGUCAGAAAGCGCAAGGGCGCAAAACUCGAAGCACGUGA